GGUGAUGGCAUUUCGUGCAUUUGCUGUUUUUACGAGUAUAACACGUAUAUUGCCUGUUGAACUGUGAGUCGGAACUUGUUUUUCACCCAUAUUCCUGUGUGUCGGGCUAACUACUGUGCUGGACCUGCCUGGUCCGGAGCGCAGCUCGUAACGGGCGCACUGCGUUUUUCUUUGACAACACGGUCCUGUUGUAGGAGCCCCGACUCUCUGAAUUCUUCUCAAUAUUUGCGCUUAAGCGGGUUCUGAUAAAAAUGAACCGUCCUUCAGACGACGAUGUUCAGUAGUUUUAUUAUCGGCGCCGCUCCCUCCCCGUGAGACUGGAGCGCGCGGCGCUGCGGCCGGUAGAGUCAGUCUGUGAGAGGGGAGGAGGAGGGAGCUCGGAUCGGAUCGGAUCGGCUCAGCUCGGAUCGGCUCGGCUGCCAGGAACCUGCCUGGGCAAGACGACGGAGCAAAAAAAAUUACAGCCGGGAAUAAACAAACAGCAGAACACCUUCCCCGGCCGAGCUCAAAGCGGGAGCGCUGUGUCGUACAGCGCGCGCACCGAGACGAGGGCGUCGUCACUCGCGCGCGGAGGGCGUUCCACGCCGCCGUUUGGCUCCUUUUCCCCGUGUUUGUCGCGCAGGGAGGCGGCGGAGCGCGCGGCCGCCAUCUUUGGGGACUCGCCUAUGAGGGGAAAGGAGCAGUCGGGCCACACUUAGCCGCGGGUUGCAGUUCCCGCACACGUCGGACGGCAAGAGAAGCUCGGGCUGACAGCGCACGGUCGGGACACGGGAGGACCGGCAGAGAGGAGGGGAAAGCGCGGAUCCGAAGAGGAGUCAGUGCCCCUACGUGUCUACCGCUCCAGCUCCCGUUGCCACGCCGGGCCUGGAGGAAGGUACUCAUGUGUACAAGGCCUCCGUCCUGCAGAUGAGCCAUCGGCGCAGGUUGUCGCGUCGCAGUCGCAGACCUAGAUAGUCUCCCCCCCCCGCGGCCGCGGUAGCAUGUCCACUCCCAGUCGGGCGGGGAGUCUGAAGGACCCCGAGAUCGCCAACCUCUUCUUCAAGGAGGACCCAGAGAAGCUCUUCACAGACCUGCGUGAGAUUGGCCAUGGCAGCUUUGGUGCAGUUUAUUUUGCAAGGGACGUGCAGACCACCGAGGUGGUGGCCAUCAAGAAGAUGUCUUACAGUGGGAAGCAGUCCAACGAGAAAUGGCAGGAUAUCAUCAAGGAGGUCCGCUUCCUGCAGAGAAUACAGCACCCCAACAGCAUCCAGUACAAGGGAUGCUACCUGCGGGAGCACACAGCCUGGCUUGUUAUGGAGUACUGUCUGGGCUCAGCUUCGGACCUUCUGGAGGUGCAUAAAAAGCCACUCCAGGAAAUAGAAAUAGCAGCCAUUACCCAUGGUGCUCUGCAAGGGUUGGCCUACCUUCACUCCCACAACAUGAUUCACAGGGAUAUCAAGGCUGGGAACAUCCUGCUGACAGAGCCAGGCCAGGUCAAGCUGGCGGACUUUGGCUCCGCCUCCAUCGCCUCCCCUGCUAACUCCUUUGUGGGGACACCAUAUUGGAUGGCCCCAGAAGUUAUCUUAGCUAUGGAUGAGGGCCAGUAUGAUGGCAAGGUGGACGUCUGGUCCCUGGGGAUCACCUGCAUCGAGUUAGCGGAGAGGAAGCCCCCCCUGUUCAACAUGAACGCAAUGAGUGCCUUAUACCACAUAGCGCAGAAUGAGAGCCCCGCUCUCCAGUCCACUGAAUGGACGGAUUACUUCCGGAACUUUGUGGAUUCCUGUCUUCAGAAACUACCCCAGGACAGGCCCAACUCUGAGGAACUCCUGAAGCAUGCCUUUGUGCAGAGAGAGCGGCCCGAAUCGGUGCUGGUGGAUCUGAUCCAGCGGACCAAGGAUGCCGUACGUGAGCUGGACAACCUGCAGUAUCGAAAGAUGAAAAAGAUUCUCUUCCAGGAAGCCACCAAUGGUCCUGUUGUUGAGGUCCCUGAUGAAGAGGAGGAGCCGGAGCAUGGGGCGGGCCGCACGGGCACAGUGAGCAGCGUGGGCAGCAACCAGUCCAUUCCCAGCAUGUCCAUCAGCGCUAGCUCCCAGAGCAGCUCCGUCAACAGCCUGCCAGACGCCACCGCCGCAGAUGAGCGCACUGAGUUGGAGCUCAUGGAGGGCGACCACACUGUCAUGUCCAACAGCUCAGUCAUUCACCUCAAGCCGGAUGAGGAGAAUUACCAAGACAACCCAGAUCCCCAGAGCCAGCCCUCAGAACCACAGUCCCCACCUGCACAGGCACCACGGCCCAAAGCUCACUACCGCAACCGCGAGCACUUCGCCACCAUCCGCACCGCAUCCCUGGUGACUCGGCAGAUGCAGGAGCAUGAGCAGGACUCAGAGUUGCGGGAGCAGAUGUCUGGCUAUAAGCGCAUGCGGCGGCAGCACCAGAAGCAGCUCAUGGCGCUGGAGAAUAAGCUCAAGGCGGAGAUGGACGAGCACCGACUACGGCUGGACAAGGAGCUGGAGACCCAGAGGAACAGCUUUGCAGUCGAGCUCGAGAAAUUGGUCAAGAAGCACCAGGCCGCCAUGGAAAAAGAUAUCAAGCAAUUUGCCAAUGAUGAGAAGAAGUUCCAGCAGCAUAUCCAGGCCCAGCAGAAGAAGGAGCUGAGUAGCUUCCAAGAAUCACAGAAACGGGAGUACAAGCUGCGCAAGGAGCAGCUCAAGGAGGAGCUCAGUGAGAACCAGUCAACACCCAAGAAGGAGAAGCAGGAGUGGCUUUCCAAGCAGAAGGAGAACAUCCAGCACUUUCAGGCAGAGGAGGGGGCCAACCUGCUGCGGAGACAGCGCCAGUACCUCGAUCUCGAGUGCCGGUGUUUCAAGAGGCGCAUCCUCAUUGCCCGCCACAAUGUGGAGCAGGACCUGCUGCGCGAGGAGCUGAAUAAGCGGCAGACGCAGAAGGACCUGGAGCAUGCCAUGCUGCUGCGGCACCAUGAGUCCAUGCAGGAGCUGGAGUUCCGGCAGCUGAACUCUGUGCAGCGCAUGCGGGCCGAUCUCAUCCGUGUGCAGCACCAAACAGAGCUCACCAACCAGAUGGAGUACAACAAGCGUCGUGAGCGUGAGCUGCGCCGCAAACACGUCAUGGAGGUUCGGCAGCAGCCAAAGAGCUUGAAGUCCAAAGAGCUGCAAAUCAAGAAGCAGUUCCAGGACACUUGCAAGAUCCAGACCCGGCAGUACAAGGCACUCCGGAAUCACCUGCUGGAAAGCACACCCAAGGCUGAUCACAAGGCCGUGCUGAAGAGGCUGAAGGAGGAGCAGACCCGCAAGCUUGCCAUCCUGGCUGAGCAGUAUGACCACUCCAUCAACGACAUGCUUUCCACGCAGGCUCUGCGUCUGGAUGAAGCCCAGGAAGCCGAGUGCCAGGUGUUGAGGAUGCAGCUGCAACAGGAGCUGGAGCUGCUCAACGCCUAUCAAAGCAAGAUCAAAAUGCAGACGGACGCUCAGCAUGACCGUGAGAGGAAAGAGCUAGAGCAGAGGGUUUCACUCCGCAGGGCCCUACUGGAGCAGAAGAUUGAGGAGGAGAUGCAAACGCUGCAGAACGAGCGAUCCGAGCGCAUCCGCAGCCUGCUGGAGCGCCAGGCCCGGGAGGAGGAGGCCUUUGACUCGGAGAGUAUGCGCCUUGGCUUCAGCAGCAUGGCCCUGUCCAGCCUCUCCCCUGAGGCCCUUAGCCACAGCUACCCUGGGGCCCCUGCCAGCUGGGCCCCCCAUCAGCAGAGUGGCUCUCAGGGUCCACACUGGGGGGGUGCAGGGGCUGGGGUCACAGGUCAUCACCUCUCUGGCCAGGGAGGGGGCACAUUGCCACAGGCGUGGAGCCACAGCAGCGGGGGUGGUUUGGGGGCCCUUGGGGCACACUCUCCCUGGGGCCACACAUCUGCGGGGUCCCUGGGAGCGCUGCCGAGGAGUGGGGGUGGUGUGGUGGUGCGAAGCAGCCCCCAGGCACCGAGGAGGACGGGCUCGGCUGGAGCAGGCCGUGGUGAUCCAGGGAUGAGCCGGAGUACCAGCAUUGCCUCGCAGAUCUCCAACGGGUCGCACCUGUCCUAUACGUAGGGGGCGCUCUUCUUUAUACUUCAUUUCCAUUUUUCCCUCCCUCCCUCCCUCCCUCCCUCCCUCCCUUUCUCUUGUCCAGCUACGCACACAGGCAUGUUUGCAUGUGAUAAAGAGUGCUGCUCAGGCCACAUGCCUCCCCAUUCUCGCUUUCCGAAUCCACUGCACACAUCUGCAACGCUCAACGAAAGUUCACCUCACAUCAGGCAGACAAACUUGUCCUCUUCCGAGCUCAGAUUCCCAUGUCUGUCAUACCUAGUGCGCCGAUGGAGUCGGUGUGUUCAGAGGUUUGAAGGUACACUCUGCUCCUGACCAAGGUCUGUUGAGAGGGGGGUGACAACUGGUUGUGCCUUUACUGCCCUGGGUCCCUGCGAGCCUCUGCCAGUGUGGGCAUGUUCUCCUCACUCAUGUUCAACAGUUCCACAAAAGCAGAGGACAGGGUUCGUCCCAGCCUGACACCGUGGGCCAGUCCGGCGAGCGGUGGCCAUCGUUUAGCCUCAAACACUGUUCCUCUGCCUCUAGGCAAUGAGUGCACCCAUCCAGUGGUGAAGGGUUUGCAAGGGGGCUGUGUGUGUGCACGUUUGUGCCCUUACUUCAAAGCGCUGUCAUACUGCCUGUUCUCUCAGGUCCUCAGUUACACUUUGCUUCACUUUGCUUGACAAACCAGGACAUGAGUAGAGGACAUAAUACAGUGCAGUAAAGAGCCAGUGUUUCACUCUGUCCUGUUCCUUCUCUGGGUGGUUUUUAGCUGCUGUCUCAGAGCCACACAACCCAGAGUAUAAGGGCAUUGAUAAGAGACCGUUCCAAUGGUGCGUGUGUGCGUGUGUGCGUGUGUGCGUGCGUGUGUGUGUGUGUGUGUGUGUGUGAGAGAGAGAGAGAUUAUACUGAGCUGCUGCUGUGCUUCAUUCGGUGAAAAUGCAAAGUGAAGCUGGAACAGAAAUGAAAAUGGAGUGAUUGAACAAACACUAAGAGCUCGAAGCAGAGGUCUGUUGUGGGGGUGGCUGCUUGUAUGCGUGUAGUCAGGGGAAAUGGACGGUAACAUAAAUACAUACAGAGCAAGUGCUGGAGGGACUAAACUGCUGUUUGCUUAACUGGCAUUAAUAUUGUGUUGCGUUUCUCAGUAGGAGGUGAAGAAGAGCUUGAUGCUCUGUAGCCAGAGUGAAGCUUCACAAUCCUCUGUGAGCAUUGUCUACUGCAGUGUGCAGUGAGAGGAAUACAUUUGUGCGUGCGUGCGUGCGUGUGUUUGGAGAGAAGCUGUGAGGUGAACAUUGCUGUUUCAUAUUUAAUAUGCUGCUUGUGACACAGGGGGUUUGUGCAGUUUUUCUGGUGUGAGGCAUCAUCAGAUUAUAUCAGAGCCCCAGAAUAAAAUAUUUUGACCCCACCCUGUAUUUAUAGUGCCUUCAGAAAGGAGCACAAAACUUGGACCUUUUGAAUGUUUUUAACCUGACUGAAUUGGUAUUUGAGAAUUGCGGUUGAGUGUGAGGACAAAUAUGAAUAUGCAAUUUUUAUUUAUUUUGCUUAUGAACAAAGAAAGGGUACUUGGGAGCAAGAAUGAUGUUAAUGGGUUGUUACUAGAUCAUCUAAUUUGUUGUCCUAAUAAGACCUUAUUUGACACUAAUUUUGAGAAUCUCUGCAUAAGUAACGUGCAAGGAGAUUUUAACAAAUUGAGAAGGUAGUGUGUAGGGAACAAGGAAAUUAGGGAAUGGAAGACGAGGAUGUGAUUAUGGGUAGGAACAGUAGUAGUGCAAAGGUCAGAUGGACGGAUGUUGCUCCUUGACUGUAACGGUGUGAAGACUACGCGGCCGGUCUGACUAGGUCACACCAGGGAGCAGGACGUCCACGGGAGGAGAAUGUGACCGUGUGGAUGUGUGCGUGGGCCCUGUCGUGGGUCUGCAUACAUCUGCGUAGUGAAGACGUGCAGAGAACAACCAAGUUGCCUUCAGUGGCAAAUCUGGCACUUUAAGCAGCGGAAGCAGACUUUCAAUAUGCAGAAGCCAUAGGGCCUCGCAUCAGGCCAGAAAGCAUGACUAACAGCAGUGAAGUUUUUAGAGACUGAAAAUUACCCUGAAGGGGCUGGAAAUCUCGUGAGUCUGUGCACUUUUUAGGGUCUUUUGUGACCAGUCGGCCAGGAGGCCAAGGGCUUUGCUAGCGUCUCAGGUUUCCUAUGUGCGGGGGGUAUUCGGGUGCGGGAGGUGCAGCUCCCGUCCCUCCUCUUGUGCUCUCAGCAGCAAGGAAAGCUGGAAUAUCAAGCAGAGCGGUUUCCAGAGCGGCGCUUCAGUAGGUCAGCCGACAAGGCCUGAGAGUGCAAGCGUCCAAAGGAGUUUCCAGGUGGGCUCUCACACUGGCACUCCUGUUUAGACAUUCCUCAUAAAUAACCCCAAGAGGCAAAGUGGUGUCACUGUAAAAAUGUAUAUACUGUAAAAUGAAAAUGAAUGUAAAACCAGGUUUCGUCAGAUCAAUGUUAGAGAGGGAUUGCUGGUGGUGGAAGAACUUGGUUCCAGUGCAAGUACUAACUGGAGACGUGUGUGUGUGUGUGUGUGUGUGUGUGUGAGAGAGAGAGAGAGAGAGAAGGAGGGAGGAUGGGAGCAGGGACAACACCUCUGCACGUCCUGAUGUAAUGGGUUUGUUUGCGUCACUGCACACAGGGCUGUGCCGUCAUGUCAAGCAUCACAUCGCAAGGGCAACGCAUGUCGACACUGGCAAAGGCCUCGCAUCACCAGAGCAACUGAAGACACUGGUCAGUGGGCUUAUUGGUCAGAGCGAGGGACAGAGUGCAUCGGACUAACUCGUGCUAAACACCACGAUGCCAAAGUGAAACUGGUUCGUUGUCACUGAAUGCCAAAAACGAACUCUCCGGUGAUAUGCAGUUUAAAGUGUGCUGCCAUUAGAAAUUGCUGCAUAUUCAACAUAUUCUGUUGCCAAAAACGUAGAGACACUGCUGUGGGGAAAAAGGAGCUGUUGAUAGGCACCUAGCGGAGUCGAUCUUCUCCCUGUACUGUCCUUCCUCUCUGCUGUUCUGUACUCAAUGAAUUGAGCCCCCUUGUCCUCUCCAGCCUUGGGGUGAUGGGGUUACCUGCCGUUUUUAACAGGCUUAAAAAAAUGAAAAGAUCUUCUGUGUAAGAAAAGCAAAGAUUAUAUAGAUGAGUGGUUCCCAAGCAGUUUUGCGUUUUGUGUACAAAAAAAGUUUAUAAUUUGUAUAUUUGGAACUUAAAAAAAAAUAGAAUUUUAAUUUAAAAUAGCAUUGUAUAGUUCCCAUAAAAUAAACUAACUGGAGAAGUGUGACCAUUAUUUAAGAACAGUGUAAUGUGGGUGAAUGAAGUCCCUUUGUGUGGGGUGGCAAAGUGUCAUUGAAGACGUCCACUGGAGGGAUUGUCCCCAGCGGGUGUCUGCCCUCGAGUGCACCCUUCCACACACCUGCCUUCUGUGCACUCGCUGGCUCUCGGUUGCUCCCUCCGCUGCUGUUCGGCCAGCAAGCCGGUCUUCCUUCCAUUAUUCCAUCUGUCCCUUUUCAGAGCUAUUGCUUCCUGUUUAUACUUUCACCAAGUAAUUCCUGUACUCCACAGAAGUGGGUAUCCAACUGGGCCUAUUUUGACUUCCUUAUGUUUUUUUUUUUUAAUUUUCCCCCCCUACCCUCAAGCUUGUGGUUGGGCCAAAAAUCUUUUUGUUGCCACUGUGCUUCAAGAGGGGAGGCAGGUGGGGGAAGAAACUUGACCCUGCUUUUACCCCGCCACCAUCCCCUGAACAUCAUCAUUCUUCAGAGUGCGAUCGUUGCCCAGUCAGACCUUGACAUGCAGUAUAAAAGAGCAAGGUGACGGCCAACCCGGCCCCUUCCACGUUGCUAUGGGGCUCAUGUCACUCGUGAUUCUAAACACGUCUUUCUGCCAAUAGUGGGCUGAACCCAAAUAUGUGCAGUUGUCAACUCUUGUCCUACUGACUGAAGCUGUAGGUUCGGGAGGGGUGCACAGUGGAGAGUGGGGACACAAGUGUCCUCGCCUUUGUCAAACACUGUGUCAGACUGGAGCUGCCAAGCGUCACCUACGCCAAAGUCACUUCCCUCUUCACAACUCUGUUCCUGGGCCAGAAAACGGUGGGACAGGUGGCUUGUUCUGAUGGACCGAACGGCCGUACCAGUCCGUCUAGUCCAUUGGAGAUAGACUUGUGUGAGUGAGGGGAGGAGUGACAGGCUGAAAUAAAGGGGUUGGGGGGUGUGAUUCUGUACAGUGCAUUUGUCAGUAUUCCUUUUUCAUUUUAUGACCCCCCCCCCCCCCCCCCAUCUAUACCCCUGACUCACAGUUACCACUACAGUCCAUAUAUAAGAUGUAUUGAAAUGUAUAGAUUGUGAAACUUUGUCAUUGAAUGUCCAAAAGAUUACAAAAAUAUUAUACAUAAUUACAAAAGCAAAACAACUUAAUGGAAAGUGUAUAAAAGAUGAGAGGAAUUUGAGAAAAUUUAGGAUCAAAUGUAAUAUUUUGUUUGUAAGUACUCUUGUGUUUUGGAGGAGGGAUACUGGACAAAAAUCAUCUGUAA